AUGUCCAGCACCUCCCAUGGUCCAGUCUCGAGCGGCGCCUUUGGCGACGAUCUGCUGUCGCGAGCGGCUGUACCGGCUGCCCGAAGCCGCUCGGCAGCUAGUCUGCACCUUCGAGUUGAGGACAGCCCGUCUUCCCAGCCACGAAGCCAGUCGCUUCUCGAGGGCAUCCACAACAGAGCAGACUCGGGCUCGCCGACCCUUCGAGAGACCACCCGUCGGAACAUCGAAAAGGAGUUUGCCGAUCUGCUGGACCCGAGUAUUCUUCCCGAAAGCCACCCACGACAAGCGCCGCGCCUGAAUAUCGUCGACGACAGGGACGAGUUGCUCGAGCGGCUCAAGCAAGAGCUCAUCCCACGCGUAACAAUUGCGCCGCCGCUGGAAACGAAGGACCGCCAUUCUCGCACUCGCCAGAGCACGGACGGCUCCAGCGACAGCUCGGCAUCUUCGGCAUGCUCGUCCCCAAAAGACAACCUGCCCUAUCAGCGAGACGCAUAUAGGUCCAUUCGCGCCGAGCCCUCCAAGCCCGUCGGUGCCGUCCCGGCGUCGGCCAAGCGACCGGCCCAAUCUCGGGCCGACCUUUUCUUUGCCCCGCUGCCACCUCCAUCUUACAAAACUGCUCGGGCCACCCCCGGACGUCCACUGUGGGAUCCUGCUCUCACCGCCUCUGCCCCGGCUGCUCUUGCCACAGCGACUUUGCUCAUGAACUCGGCAUGUUUGCCAACCACGCACCUGCCUAUCGGUGCGGCUCCCACCCAGGUCUUUGCGCCCGACCCCUUGGCACAUCUCGAUGCGCUCUCGGUCAGCUCCAGCCGCAGGGGGCGCGUCCAUCGUGAGAAGAAACAUCGCAAGAAGAAGCGGCAUCCGACCAAGCGCCAUCGCCCGUCCUCUCCCGCGGCACACUCAACUGUUCCGGUGUCGCUACCGCUGCUGAAUAUUGUCAAGGCACGUCUUGCCGAAAUUACCGCAUUUGCAAAGGAUCAGGCUGUUCAGAUUCGUGCGCUCGAGAGCGAACUCGGUAAGUCCCAGGAGCAACUGCAUGCCCUGGCAGACUUGUUCGAGUCGACAAAGCACGAGUCCAAGGCCAAGCACCAGCAGCAGGAAAUCACCAUCCGCGCUCUGAGAAAGGAGUUGGUUCAGAUGGAGGCCAAGAUCAACAAGGGUCAUUCGACCCAAAUUCGGGAGCUAGAGCUGGAGUUGUACAAGGAGAAGCUGCACUGCAAGUCGCUUGAGGAGGCAAAGGCGGGUCUGGAGCAAGCUAUCGCCAAGGAACGGACGCGGCACGAGCAGUCUUCGAAAUCCCGUCACGAGCAGCAGAUAAAGCAGAUCAUAAAGCAGCUCGAGGAGGUCACUGAGAUUGAGCGUGCCCAUGAAUCUCAGGAAAGGCAGACGCAUGAGAUUCUACAACUGUGCCAGCUUUCAAAGGGACGGAUCCAGGAGACGCACCAGCAUCUGGAUCUGCUCACCAACAAGCUCAAAAAGUCGCUCAGAGUCAGCGCGAGCGGUGCUGAGGAUUAG